UGCUACAACCACAGGUUCCUGUUUGAGGGGAACACAAGACCCCCCCCCCCACACAAACCAGUAUAAAGCUGCAGGUUGGCUGCACAAUGGGCUGUUGGAAAGUUCUCCUGCUCCCCAGGAUCUUCCUCUCACUGUGCAGUGCAUCAGGGAGACCAUGGGACCAUCCAGCAUCUGCCUUGUGGCUCUGCUUUCCCUACUGAUCCCGGCUCACUCGGCCCCUGAUCCCACCCUGGACACUCACUGGCAGCUGUGGGUUAAAACUCACCAGAAGAGCUAUAAGGAUGGGGAAGAGGAACGUGCAAGACGAACCAUCUGGGAGGAGACACUGAAAUUUAUCUCAGUCCAUAACUUGGAAUAUUCCUUGGGACUUCACACUUAUGAGGUUGGGAUGAACCAUCUGGGAGAUAUGACAGGUGAGGAGGUGGCUGCAACAAUGACAGGUUACACCGGCUCAGGGGAUUCAUUGGCCAACAUGUCCCACGUACCCAAAGAGAUACUAGAGGCUCUGGCACCACCAUCAAUAGACUGGAGAACCCAAAACUGUGUCACCCCUGUGAGAGAUCAGGGAUCAUCCUGCAGAUCUUGCUAUGCUUUCAGUGCCGUGGGGGCCCUGGAAUGCCAAUGGAAAAAGAAAACUGUCAGACUGGUCACAUUCAGCCCCCAGGAACUGGUGGAUUGUUCCGACGGCGAAGGAAACCAUGGCUGUAACGGGGGAAAAAUCGAAAAGGCCUUUAAAUACAUGAAGAAAUAUGGCGUUAUGGAGGAAUCUGCUUACCCAUAUACAGGACAGAAAGGACUGUGCAGAAAGAAGCAGCCAGGCAAUAUUGGAGUAGUAAAGGCAAUCCACGAUUUGCCUUCUGGCAAUGAAACUUUACUUAUGAAUACUGUGGGAACAAUUGGACCCGUGUCUGUUUCCAUUAAUGCUUCCAGUGAAAAAUUCCAUCAGUUCAAGUCAGGUGUCUAUUACAAUCCAGACUGCCUCCCCAACAAAGUAAACCAUGCUGUGCUUGUGGUUGGAUACGGUAAAGAAAAUGGCAUGGACUAUUGGCUGGUUAAGAACAGCUGGGGAGUCCAGUUUGGAGAGAAUGGAUACAUUAAAAUGGCUCGAAAUCGUGGCAACAACUGUGGCAUUGCGACGAGACCCGUCUAUGCAACUGUGUGAGGCCUGGGCCUGUGAGAUGAGAUUGUAUCUGCAAGCAAAUAUUUCUGCUAAUUCUGUUAUGCCAGAAUAUUCUGUCUUUCUAUAAUGUUCUUUUGUGCUUCCUGAAUUGCCAUUUGAUUAUUUCUGCUUAAAGAGACAGUGGCCUACAAAGGGCAUAGCUAGCUGUGAAUGAAAACUGUAUUACUCAGCCAUGCCUAGGUGCCAGUGGAGUAAUCAGGAGGGUACAGGGGAUGUGUAUGUGCCACUAUUGCAGGGUCCAAGGAAACCAAUAUGUCUUAUGGGUCUUUAUGUUACAGGUAACCACAAAUUUGCACUUGUACCUCACUCAGGACAAAAAGUGGGCUCCUAAUGGCACCCCUGGGGGCACACUAUAUACCUGUGAUUGUUACAGGACAAAUCACUCACAUCAUUUUAUGUAUUACAGCAGUAGUUCAUCUUAACAUUAACUUUGGUGUAGACAGUAGUAUUGUUAAAGUACCAUUUUAUGGAUUUUUAAAUGAAUUACAUUCUCUGUUCUACAGCUCCUAGUCCUAUGGGGUUAAAUAAAGUAGCAAAAAGUUUGCUACAGGUCUAUGAACCUAUAGAAACCAAUCAGCAGGCAGCAUAUAUUGGCCAUCUCAUUGAAAAAGAAGCUUAGUUGGGCUCAAGUACUAACUAAGAAACUGAAAAGAGAACAUCUCAUUGCCAAAUGUUGUGCAAUUUAUUAAAUGCAAUCUAGUUGCUAAAGCCUAAUUAACCCAACAACCAGGCAGCAGCUGGCAAACCAGAUGGCAAAAGGAAUGGUAGAGGGUCCAAUAACAGCUAAAAAAAAUGAAUGUGAAAAUUGAAGCCUCGUAGUUACCUUCAUUUAUGUUUUUGGUUAAAGCAUCAAUUAAAAAGUUGCUUAAAAAAGGUCCAUCUAUAAUACAAUUUUAGGAUGAACUGCCCCUUUAAGAGAGAUGGCACAGGGUGUGAUUGUGGGCAUUCGAUGUUUAAUACUGUUUAAUACAGGUAAAAUCUGUAUAUAUCAAUGUGCAACAUUUUUGCAAAAAAAGCAAAUAAAAAAAUCUGC